AUGGUUGUUCGUCGGAGCCGUGGUUAUUCGCGUCAAGUUCUGGGCAUUUCCAUUGGAUUGCUGUGUGGGUUUUUCCUCGCAACAUGGCUACGUCUUCGAUGGGUCCCAUCGAUGAAAACUUGCCACGAUUCGAAUAUACCCGAGACUGGGAUCGAAAUGAGGACACUAGAACCCCCCGAUACAGGAAGAAAUUUCAUAUUUGUUGGCGUGAUGACAGCGAAAAAGUAUCUUUCAACUCGUGCGUCUGCAGUGAAUCGAACUUGGGCGAAAACUGUUCCUGGCAAAGUUGUGUUCUUUUCCAGUGCCGAUUCGAAUUCCUCCCUUCGCGGUUUGCCACUUGUAAGUUUGCCUGGCGUAGAUGACAGCUACCCACCACAGAAAAAAUCAUUCAUGAUGUUAAAAUAUAUGCAUGAUAAUUUUAUCGAUAAAUACGAAUGGUUCAUGCGAGCUGAUGACGACGUUUACCUGAGAGGAGACAAACUAGAAACUUUCCUUCGAUCUGUAAACAGUUCUCAAAGGUUAUUUAUCGGACAAGCAGGACUUGGCAAUGAGGAAGAGUUUGGCAAACUUUAUUUUAACCAUGGGGAAAAUUUUUGUAUGGGUGGCCCAGGAAUGAUUUUCAGUCGUGAAACUUUGAGAAAGAUCGUGCCGAACAUCAGCCACUGUCUUAAAAAUUUAUACAGCACCCACGAGGACGUGGAAGUUGGAAGAUGUGUUAAGAAAUUUGCCGGAGUUGACUGCACUUGGUCAUACGAGAUGCAGCAGUUGUUUUAUCAUAAAUAUUUUGCCAAAGAUGCUUUUACUGGUAACCUGCAUACUUCUGAAGUUCACAAAGCUAUUACUCUACACCCUAUCAAAAGUAUACCCCAUUUUCACCGUCUACACUCAUAUCUAGAAAGUCAAAGAAUUGCUUAUUUACAACUAAAAACACUCAGGACAUUACGGGAGAUAAAUGAAAUGAAUCGUUUACUGAAGAUACCACUUAUAGACGACAGGACAGAAAAUACAAAACUGGGCUCAACCCCCGAUCUUGUGCGAUACAUGCCAAAUAUUUACGAUGAGACGAUCGCAUGGGAUUUCUUUACUAAGUCCUUGUACUCAUUAAAAUACGAUACUCCCAAACGAGGAUUGGAUAAAACGUUACAAGUUGCUUUAGAAGAUAUAGUACUGCAGGUGAUGGAAAUGAUAAAUAGAAACUCUCUUGCUAGAGGCAGAACUAUAGAUUACCAGGAAAUAUUAUAUGGAUACAGGCGUAUAAUUCCAACACACGGUGUAGACUAUAUAUUGGAUCUUUUACUUAUGUAUCGACGUCACAAAGGUAAAAAACGUAAUGUUCCAGUCAGAAGACAUGCGUACUUACAACAAUCGUUUGGUAAAAUACAGUUUAUUGAAGAAUUAACGAAUGAUGUAAUCACAAAACCAGCAUCAGAUGUACGAAGUGCAAACUCACUAACAAACUUUGCAAAUGGUGUAUCUAGUGGAGCGUUUGGAAAUGUAGCGAGUGUCAUGUACAGUAAGCAAACAAUACACUUCGUCUUGCCACUGGCAGGAAGAUUUGAAACAUUGAAGCGAUUUAUGCAAAACUUUGAAAGAACAUGUCUUGUUACAAAAGAAGAUGUUAAACUUGUUGUAGUUCUUUUUAAGACUGCUCAAAACGACCAGUCAUUGGAGAUUAUCAAGCUAAUAUCCCACUACCAAGAGCUGUAUCCGAACUCAGAGCUUCGUAUUCUUAGCGCUAUGGGUGAGUUUGCACGAGGCUUGGCCUUGGAACUUGGAGCCUCUCAAUACCCUUCAGAUGCAUUAUUGUUUUUUGUAGAUGUUGAUAUUCACUUCUCAUCCGGAUUUCUGUAUCGAUGCCGAAAAAACACAAAGCAGGGAAAACUGAUUUACUAUCCAGAAGUUUUCAGUCAGUAUGAACCACGAGUUGUAUACCCACACAAACAGACUCCAGUCACCAAUAUUCUCAUCAAUAAACAGACUGGAUUUUUCCGUCAUUACGGCUUUGGCAUAGUGUGUGUGUACAAUAGUGAUGUAAGUUCUGUGGGAGGAAUGGAUGCAUCCAUCGUUGGCUGGGGAUUGGAAGAUGUAGACCUGUAUAAUAAAUUUGUAAUUAGUAAUAUGACAGUAUUCCGUUCCCCUGAUGUGGGACUUGUACACAUCUAUCAUCCUGUGAUAUGUGAUGAAGCACUAGAACCAAAGCAAUAUCAGAUGUGUUUAGGAUCACGUACAUCAACUUAUGGUAGUCCAAGUCAGUUAUCAAAUAUCAUUCAAAACAGUAAACAUAAACACAAGGAAACCAGUAAAACGUGACCGGACUAAAGAUGCAGUGUCUCCUAUGGUGCUUUUAUCAUUACCUGCCCUUCAUUUCAUUGUAAAUACAGUAUAUACAUUUUCAAUUAAUAUCAAAAUAGCAAUAUAUCCUGUGACUAUUUUCAUCCAUACCAGCUUCAACUUAUUAAGUGUAUGAUAAUCAUUCCGUUCAAUAUAUUGACAUAUGUGACAUUUCUGUUACACUGUCUGCAUUUUUUCUAAAACACUACCAAAGUAUAAUUCAUAAUACUCUUUAUUUCAUGAGUUUCAUUUUUAAAGUGUCCUACUUUUAUUCAAAUUUAUUAUUUAUUUGAAAUUGUACAUCAGUUACAGCCAUACAAGGCUACUACUUUUGGUGAACAUUACAACAUCUCUUGGCCUUAACAGUGAUUUCAUAUAUGCUGAGGCCAUUCAUUGCUUUUGUUUGAAACUUGCAUCAACAUUAUUACAGUUUUUAUUUGUUUAUUUUCUAGAUGUGUAAUGUGACUACAUUGGGCUGAAUAAUUGUUUAUACAUCAGAACUCUUAACUAAGCCUUGUGCUGCCACCAAUGUUUGCUUUAUUUUGAGUGUAGCAUAUUUUACUGUAGUGGUACAGCAUAAUUUGACAGGCCUUAAUAGUAGAAAUUGAAAUAUUUUUUGACAACCGGGAAGUAACACAAAAACUCAUUUGUCAAAUUAUACAAAGCUGUUUUAUUUUUUUUGUGCUGAGCUUUAUGAGUUUUGAUGGCCUUAUUUCAUAUCGCAUGAUACAAGUUAGAUAUAUCACUGUAAAAUACUUUUAUUGUCGCUUGCAAUUUAUUUUCACACUCUAUACUGAAAGGGGUAUAUUCAGUGAAAAAUAAAUCCAGCGAAUAUACCGUUUUUCCCCCAAUUUUACAUUUAAAGUUUUUGACGAGUUGAAUGUAAAUAUAGGAAAAAAGGUAUAUUUGCUGAAUUUUAUUUUCACUGAAUCAUUCCUUCAUUGAAAAUAGCGAAAAUUAAUUCCUAGUGAAAGUAAAGUAAUUUACCAGCUAGAAGUCUAAUAACAUACUAUACACACAUAUCGUAACAGCCUGUUGUGGUAACUAUACAUGUGCUACAUAUGAGUUGGUUUCCCAAAUCUAUUUGAUAUAACAUUUCUACCUCCAUUCCAUGUUUAACCUGAGACUGACAUUCAAUGUAUUCAGCAAUAUUUUAGGAAUACAGAUAAGAUUUGAUUCACUGCCAACUCGUCCCUAUAUCUAGUAUUUCCUUUAUUACAUUCCA